AUGUUGUGGCUCGCUAAGGCUACCCUAGGAGCCAAUACAAGCUUGCUAUGGAGUGCACUAGGAGCUUAUGAACUCUAUAAGAUUGCUCAAAAGGAAUUGGACAUUGAGGCUGAGAAGAAAAACUGUUCCGUGCCACACCAGAGAGCUAAUCUGACCACGCCUCCAGGAUUCUCCAUUAAAUCUUCGUCACUUCCGGGAGCAGGAAUGGGUGCAAUGGCGCGGACCUUUGUUCUGAAGUUCACGAUCCUCGGUGUUUAUGAAGGACUUAUUCACACUGUAGACAAGAAGGACGAAUUUUAUUCAUGGCAGGAGUAUGCUCAUAUGUCUCAUUUGAUUCGGUACGCAAGAUCAUGCUCUAUCUAUGAACAAUGUCUAAAACGAGAAGUUGAUCUCAACGGUUCAUUUGCAUUUCGUGCCAAUGUUUUGACAUUUGACGACAAUGAAAGUCUCAUUUUUGAUAAUUGGACUCCUGUGACGUAUCAGAACUGGAAUCCUAACGACGAGGGCGAGACAGCAGUUGACCCAAUCUUUGGUCUCCUUUUGACUUAUCAUAACGACGGUAGGUGGCGCUGGGUGACGUACUAUACAGGAGAAGACGGACUAGUACUUCCCUUUAUUUGUGAGGAUUCUCCAUUUCAUUUGUAG